CCGUACGAUGGAGAAGCCAUGACGCAUCCGUCGCAUCAAACGAACGGCGCUAGCCUGGAGGAUUGCCACACGAAUUUCUUCGCACUGACGGACCUCUGCGGCAUCAAAUGGAGGAAACUCGUGUGGGGCGAAGUGGCCGGCGGCUUCGGUGGCACUCCCCUCGAGGACCCGGUGCUCUCGAGCUUCUCGCGGUGCCUCGCGGGUGACAUUCUCUGCGUGUGGCGGCGGGUCGCCGCGACGCCGGCCACCUCCGGCCCGGCAACCGCCUCGGCGACCGGAGCUGGCAUCUUCGACCUGGGCAUUGCACCCUCGCCCGCACCGCCACCCCUCUCCCUCACCGCCGCCAAGGAACUCUGGAUUUUCUGGUACGGCGAGGAACCUGAUCUCUCCGGUAUCGUCUCGCCGGAACUGAUUGCGUGCGAAAGUGAACAGGGUUCUUGGGAAAGCGGAUUAUCGUACGAGUGCCGGUCACUUCUUUUCAAGGCUCUGCAUAACUUGAUCGAACGGUGCUUACUGUCACGUGAUUUUAUUCGCUUAGGAAAGUGGUUCGUACAACCGUACGAUGGCUUCGAAAAACAUCGUUGCAGUAGUUGUCACCUGUCGUUCUCGUUUGCAUUCUUUGUCCAUGGAGAGAGCACCGUGUGCGCCAGCGUGGAUGUCAGGCAACAUCCUGCUGUACGACACCUCACGAGGGCCUGCUUGCAACGUACUCAAACCUCCCAAUCUGGGGUUAAAGUGAUUCUAGCUCCGUAUGGGCUAGCAGGCACGUUAACCGGUCCAGUUGGAAGAACAGACAGUCAGCUUCUUGAAGAGUGGAAACACUUUUAUCCAAUCAAUGGCAGCAACGUCGAGGCAGGACUUCCACCAUUGGUGGAAGUACUUGUUGGUGGUGUACGCAUGCGAUAUCCUUCCUGUUAUGUCCUGGUCACCGACAUGGACGACACACCACCCGAAACACCACUUUCUCCGCCGAACAGCCCUGCUAGCUGUGAACAUCCACUUUUAGGUCAGCAGGAGCUACGUACAGCUACAGAACUACCGGAACGUGUGUGGGCAGAAUGUACUUUGAGUUCCCCGAUCUCUGCUUCCAAAACAGAAUCUUCCACUGAACAAGGAACCUGGAGCUUCAUCGAUCCGACGCAAAAGUCUUCCUGUACCUGUUCAAAGUCUGUAUUGAACAGAACAGAGGCACCAAGUACACCACCAGGUGGACCUCCCUCUUAUUCGAGGGGACCACCAACAGGAGGAGAUUGCCUACCAGUUCCAUCUGUUGGCUCGCCAAGUUCACCUGCACCUUCACCUCUUCCAACUCCACAUUCCGAGCCAGCGUCUGUUCCACCAGCAGAACCCACGAUGCCCACUCUGAGUCCUCAGCCACCACCCAGUCAUACAAACACUGCCCCACCGUUAACUCCUUCACAAGGGCCAAAGUCGACCUCCUCUGCAUGCAAUAAUCAAGUGCAUAGUCCAGCUCCCGGGCCAACUUUGAAACGACCAAUUUUAGUCUCCAGAGAAUGUGAGGAUAUGUAUUUAGAAAAUGAACAGUCAUUACCGUGGCUCUACGACUACUCGACGCAAGAAGCAUGGCUCAACCAUCCUGUGAAACGUUUUAAGGAAUCUAAUUGUAGUCCAGUCAAUGUGCGGAGCAAUACUUUGUAUCCACCAAUGAGUUCCCAGAAUUCUCAGUCUCAGGCUCCAAAAUUAGAAAUUAAACAAGAACCAAAUGUGAAUGUUGGAGAUUGCAUCGGAAGAAGAACAGACCCUUACGAGUUUGAUGCAACAGGUGAAGAAAACGGUACAGGCGUCGACGGACUUAGGCGACAACGAGACGAUCCCACUAAGCCUGGAUCUUUGUUCACCAGCGAAGGUCUUCAAGCAUCCUAUAAAGAUUUAGACCAAAUCUUUGAUAAUUCCGAUCCGGAUACUUCUAGCGAUGAAACUAAUUUGAACCAGCUUCAAGUGCAAACCCCACCGGAGUCGAACAGAUCCGGUGGACUACACGAAGAAACACGGGUAGACGCCAGCAACAGACAUAACAACCGAGGUGUGGGUGUGCUACGACCAGAAGAGCUUUCCAAAAUGUUCCCGACACCGCCAUCCUUAGAGCAUAAUCCGGUCGCUUCACCGUGUCAGCUGAACGACCCUUUAAUGGACCAGACGGACCUUUCUGUAACUCAACGACCGCUUAGGCAUCUCCCAGACAUCUAUCCGAACAUGGGAUCCCCGCAGGAAGAACCAAUCGACGAUUGGUCCUACGUGUUCAAGCCUGCACCCAUCUGUAAGAUGGUUGGUUCUUCAAAGUACGCGCCUCUCACGAAUUUGCCCAGUCAAUCUUUACCGCCCGUCACACUGCCAUCGCACUGCGUAUACAGACCUUCCUGGCAGUGCAAUCCCACACCGAACAAUUCAGAGAAACCGCUUCCACCCACGAGACCUGGUUCGGUUCAACAACAACCUUGCCCGCCGAGCCCGGCGCCAUUGGGAGCGCCGUAUCGCUCAGCAACCAUUUCCGGUAGACCGCCACCGCCACCAUACGAUCAACCGAGCCCGGCCACAUCCACCACCUCGUCGUAUUUGAACAAAAACCUGAAUAGUAUUGAAGCCGACACACCGGGUCCUACACGCGCCCCGGAAUCGAACUCUCUUAUAGUGAACAUUCUGUUAGGCGACACGGCGCUGAACAUCUUCCGCGAUCAUAACUUCGACAGUUGCAGCCUCUGCGUGUGCAACGCAGGUCCGAAGGUAGUUGGUAACAUCAAAGGUGCGGACGCGGGUGUUUACCUGACCCACUCAUGGUCCGGAGGAGCUCUGUUCCAAGAUGACGAUCAGAUCAGGUGUAGCUGCGGUUUUAGCGCGGUGGUAAACCGACGACUGGCUCAUCGAGCGGGCCUGUUCUAUGAGGAUGAAAUGGAGAUCACCGGUAUCGCGGAGGAUCCAGCGGAGAAGAAGAAAACGUCCUUGGUCGCCGUUGCGUGCGGAGGAGGGAAAACAUCGGAAGGGUUAGAUAUGAUACCACCAAACGUGUUGGAAUUGCUGAGGGAACAGUGUUUAAUUGUCCAGAGCUCUGCGAGUAGUCUGUACAGGGCGUCUAGAAUUUACGCGUCGAUGAAGGGUUACCCUAUGCUCGCACCCACGGUGAACAUGUUAGAAUUUAACGACGGGAACGAAGUUUCGCUAGCGGCUCUGGAUCAGGGUAAAAUUGACGGUACGCAUAACGAAAGGACUAAUCGCGUGAACGGUGUGCAUCGAUGGGUGUUCCUUAGAGCAAAGGGUCCUCAGUGCAGCGGUGAUAUCGUUAGGAUGAUGAGAGCCCUACAGCCGCUUCUUCAAGAUGCGGUACAGAAGAAGUGUACCACUCGAAUGUGGGAGGCACCGUACACCGUCGCCGGGCCUCUUACCUGGAGGCAGUUCCAUCGUUUAGCCGGUCGAGGGACCGACGACCGCUGUGAACCUCAACCGAUACCUGCGUUAGUUGUCGGCUACGAUCGGGACUGGUUGUCUUUAUCACCUUACGCUCUAAGUUACUGGGAAAAGUUACUUCUAGAGCCAUACGCUGGGCCCAGAGAUGUCGCCUAUGUAGUAGUAGCGCCAGACAACGAUUGUGUCAUCAAUAAAGUGAAAUCAUUUUUCCGUGAAUUAUCCACCACGUACGAUAUUUGUCGCCUGGGAAGGCAUACGCCCAUCUCGAAAGCGCUUCGCGAUGGUAUUCUUCGGGUUGGCAAAUCGUCCGUGCAAAAACAAACGAAACAACCGAUAGACGAUUGGUUUAAACUAUUAGGAGAGAAUCAAUUGGGAGAACUCUUGCGGCUAUAUGCCCAAGUUUGUAACCACCGAUUAGCCCCAUAUUUGACGCAGGUAAUACAAGACCGAAGUCUGUUAGAUCCUGGUGACUCGCAAUCUAAUAAGCAACAACAGCAACAGCAAACGGCUAUUCCUGUUACUGACACGAUGCCAGCCACGCCUGACGUAAUGACCAGCAAACCUGAAUCCGUUGAGGGGGAAAAUCCUCGAAGUGAAACUCCAUCAUCGAACACGGUCACGAAUUCAAAUUCUAAUGCCGGCAAUACGACACCAACUUCACAAAUUGUCACAAUACCUACUAACAACUCCGCGGGUCCAGAUGAAGAGGAAGUCGAACCUCCAGCUGUGGUGGUUUAUUUGGUUGAACCUUUUUCGCUAGGAGGCCCCGAAGAUCCUGACCGUCGAAGACUCGCGAUUUUGGCUUUAUUACGUGCAUACUCAGCAGCAGUGAACAGCAUGCCUGAAAACAUUAGAUCCAACAUCAACGUUCAGUUAAUAUCCUUGGAAAGUAUAAUGGAGUUAGGGCGAGCGAGGGAAAGGCGAAAAAUUCAGGAUGAGAUGAGAGCAUUGGCGUUAAACGUGUUUCUGCAGGGCCGUCGAUUGUUAAAUCAUAACUCUACGGUAAAAAGUCUCACUGGCUUUGGUACUGCUGCCGCCGCAGAUAUUUUCCUUAAGAGUAAAGAUGAACGGAACAGAGCUCCAUACCGGCUGUACGCGCCGGCCUAUGUCCUGGCUCCUCUGCGGGCAAAGAGCGAGGCACCCGAGUCCUUUGGCAUCGCUGGACCAGAGGAAUGCGCAGUUCUUUAUCUGAGCUACUGCCUUAGCGAGGAUCAGUCGUGGCUGCUCGCAGUCGCGACCGACGAUAGGGGUGAGAUAUUCGAGACGGCCACUAUCAACAUCGACAUACCCAAUCGAAAGAGGAGGAAACGCGCAUCGGCCAGACGAAUUGGAUUGCAGAAAUUAAUGGAUUUUAUCCUCAGCGUGAUGUCUCAGGGUGUACAACCGUGGAGGUUAGUCGUAGGCCGCGUGGGACGCAUCGGACACGGAGAGUUGAAGGGAUGGAGCUGGUUACUAUCCAGGAAGGCGCUCCUGAAAGCAUCGAAGCAUCUUAAAGAAAUAUGUGGUCAGUGCGGCCUGCUUUACCCAUCGGCAGCGCCCUGCGUGCUUAGCGCCUGCUUGGUUUCAUUAGAACCAGAUUCAACUCUGAGACUGAUGGCUGAUCAGUUCACACCCGAUGAAAGAUUUAGUCAGGCGUCGGUGAACUGCCAAUUAUCUACACCACAGGAUGUCACAUGUACUCAUAUUCUCGUCUUUCCCACAUCUGCUACCACUCAGUCAUCACAGACUGCAUUUCAAGAACAGCACAUUAAUGGACCAGAAUUAGGAGAUGAUGAACUAUUUUCCGCUUUAAACGAUGAUAUGCCAGAAGGUAUGGAGGCUAUGGGAGACUUUAACGAUAUCUUCAACGUAUGGCCAGAAGCUGGCGCUGGUGGAGGACAAAGCCCCGGUGGCAGUCCACAUCGUCCUGAAGGAUCCCCACUGGGUGGAGAUGGCGGUGGCUCGGGUUUAGGCAAUCACGAUGGUCCUGGUAGUCCAUUUCCAUGUAGCAACACACCAAGAGUGGCGGUUACUGAUCAAACUGAAGAAGUUGGAACACUUUUGCAACAACCACUUGCUCUUGGUUACUUAGUGUCCACUGCACCAACUGGACGUAUGCCACCAUGGUUUUGGUCAGCUUGCCCCCAUCUCGAAGGCGUUUGCCCAGUGUUCUUGAAGAAUGCCUUACAUUUGCAUAGUCCAGCAAUACAACAGAAUAGUGAUGAUCUAUUACAACAGCAAAGUGCACUCACUGCUCACCCGCUGGACUCGCAGUAUACCACCGAUGUGCUCAGAUACGUGUUAGAGGGGUACAAUGCAUUAUCGUGGCUCGCUGUGGAUGCGAACACGAAGGAUCGGCUAUCCUGCUUACCAGUCCACGUACAAGCGCUCAUGCAGCUCUAUCAUGCAGCGGCAGCUCUCGUCUGACCCACACCCUCUCCCUUCGUAGUGCAGUAUGUGCACCUCUCUCACGCACUCCUUAACCAUACCAUCACUUGGGGCUUUACGAGAGCAACUGGUUUCCUACAUCCGUCGUCAAGUGUACGUUAGUGACUCUGAGAUUCUUCGGAUAACUGGGAUUAAAAUGAUCCUUCGACCAAUCGUCGAUGAUCCCUCGACGCGAUAAACACCGACACCCUUUUCCUUGCUCGGCUUCUUUUUAUUCUUUAAACUGAUACAAUACUGUGAAGUAAAGUCAUACCGCGAUGAUAAAUAAUAUGAACUCAAUAAUUA